CCUCCCCAUUUGCCCAUUUUUCUUCUCUCCUAAGCGCCAUGAACUCCCCUCAAAACCCUAGUUGCCUCAAUCACCAUCACUUUCAGGACUCCUCCUCCUCAUUCAUGGAUUUCUUCGAUUUCUCGGGUUACCCGCCACCCGAUUUCAUUGUCGAAGAAGCCGAAACGAUGACGUUGCCGGAGGCGAGAAUCGGCAGGCGGAGCAUACCCAUGACGACGGAAGCAACUUUCACAGACAAUAAUACCAUAGAGGAGUGGUGCGAGACGAAGGGUGUGAAGAGAAAAAAAGAGGGAGGAGGUGGGUGCAGCAAUAGGGUUGCAUUUAGAACCAAGUCGGAGCUGGAGAUUUUGGAUGAUGGCUUCAAGUGGAGAAAGUAUGGCAAGAAAUCUGUCAAGGAUAGCCCUAAUCCAAGGAAUUACUACAAAUGCUCAAGUGGAGGUUGUGGAGUGAAGAAGAGAGUAGAGAGAGACAGGGAUGAUUCAAGCUAUGUUAUUACAACAUAUGAAGGAGUUCACAACCAUGAGAGCCCUUUCUUGGUUUAUUGCAAUGAUCCAACAUUUCACCCUCAUGCCACUUGGCCUUCCACUUUCCACCGCUCUUCUCCGCCCUACUCUUCUACUACUACCCUUUGACUUUCUCUCUUCUACAUACUAUUUUGGAAAAUGCUCUGGUCUUAAAUAGUGAGAACCUAUCUGAUUUGUACUAACCACUAUUGAAAUUUGACAGCUAAUUUUAAAAAAGUUAAUUACUUUUAUAUUUCUCUCGUAGUUGUCAAAUAUUUAGUGGUGGUGAACACAAGAUAGGUUCUCUCACCGGUCAUGACUUAAAUAUUUUUCCUUUUUCCUUUCGUCUUAUCCCUUCACACGUACAUCUCUCUCGUUUUCUUUUACAUGUUCCCUCCCUCCUUUUUUUUUGUUACUUUUUUAUUUGGAGAGGGAAGAACUUGGAUAAUGAUUGGUUGUUUUUCCUUUAAUUAUGUAAUUAAAGUUGUAUAAUUUUA